CCAUCUCGCAGUGGAGCUCUCUCUCUCGCGCGCGCUUUCGCUCUCCGGUGUUUGGUUAAAAUUUCCCCACGUACUACCACACUGAAGCAUGAAGCCGGUUGCAAAAAACCCGGUUUCUUCUGUGCGUUUUUGCAUACGUAUUGGAGUGUUUUCCCUUUCGCUUGCACACACACGUUCCUUCUCGCUUGUGCAUUGCCAAAGUUGGGAAGUUGAAGGUUGCAUUUUGACAAUUUCGCACCCCUCCCCCCCAAUCUCCAUCACAGCCACCCCCUGGCGUGAUCCAUAUAUAAAUUUGAGUGUUUCGUUUUUUCCUUUUCUUGCUGCGACGCGUUUGCGCUCCCCAUCUCACUACGACCGAUGAUGCAUCAAACCACCCUUAGCUUUGCAAAGAGUACGUCAGGCUCCCCAUUGUCUCUCAGCCAGGGCAGGACUCUCUCUCUCUCUCUUUCUCUCUCUCACACACACUCCUACCAGAAGAGAGCCCGUUUUGGGACGAAACGCCGGGACUCAACCUCCCCCCAAAAAAAGAACUGAAGAAAAGCGAUUUUGUUUCUCUUUCUCACGCAAACGAUCGAACGGUCACCGCCUGUUUGUCUCACUCGCGUCCCGUCUGACCGCCUGGUGUUCUGGAGCAAAAUUUCAUCUCACGAGAGCCGACAGCUUGCGAGUCGUGGCCGCUUUCGGUGACUCCGGGCCAGCUAAAAUAGAAAACAGAGAAAACGCACUCAGUCUGUAAUAUGCUCUUUAUCCGUUCGGCGGCACCAGCAGCAGCAGCAGCCGCACUUGUGAUCCCGGUGGAAUUAUUAUUAUUUUGUUGAAAAGUCAGGCCAAGUUGGUUUGUCCCGUGUCAACCGCGUGUGUUGCUGGUUUCAAAAUUCGCGCGCACUCUAGCAGUGGUGCAGUUGGGAAUUUUUUUUGAUUUCCGUGCUCUCUGUUUGUGUUGUCACAAGUCACCAUUAUAUUGUUGUUUCAAACGCUUUACGUUUUACCUCCGAACGGCAGAGCUGGAUAGAGGGAUGCAAGAUUCGCCGUGCAUCGUUUAACCCUGUGUGUAACGGUUCCUUUCUUUUCGUACUGAGAACACUGCAAAACAAGUGCAAAAAUUUCUGAAGAUUAUCCAAUAACGUGGCACGUGGAAGAACGGCACCCUUCUGCACCUUACCAGGAAGGAAUGGAAAAGAAAAAAAACACGAUGAAAAUGUAGCCAUUACCGAACAACCAGAACAACCGUUUCGUGACGCGUUUAUGAUUUGUCCGAUUUUGUUUUUCUUCGGUUUUGUGUUUUCUUCGAUCAUCAAAAACAUAACAAAAAGAAAAAUUCUCGUGCAACAUUCGGUGUUAGUGAAAUGUGAGUGAAAAAAAAUGUUUUAUGCUUCAACUUAAGUGACCGUACAGCAAGUGUGUGUUCCGAAGCCGGAAAGGGUGAUUAUCUUUUUGUUUGAACGUUUUUUGCUGGCUUUCAAGUGAGUUUUUUUUUCAAACUUCGUGGCGACUUCGCAACCAAAUGUCCUUUGGCAGAACAUUAUUAAGUUUGCUUUCAUUUUCCGUUGGCUGAAACAUUGGCUGCUCCAUUGCGCGAUCUUUAAGACAUAGUUCCGCCCUCCAAAAACGCCCAAGUUGCGUACAGAAAUGAGCUGUUGCACCUCAUAGCUUAACCAGUUUACGUUCCACGCUUUUACCGGGUAAGGUGAAAAAUGAAACGAACAGCAAAAAUGGUGUAAAAAAUAUUAACAAAAGUUCUAGUGCGAUUAGGUUCGUUCAGCUCCGUUCCUCAGCUUCCGGUCCUUUACUCUCGUACACACCUAAACACACACUCAAGGACGGAUGAGCAAAACAACUUUUUCGGUCGUGCAAAUUGUGAAACCAUUUAAAAUUGCAUUAACAUUUCCGGUGAAUCGUUGCAUUUGGACAUGACAAAGAAAGAGCAAUACGGAGCAAAAACGAACAGAAAAUAGAAUCCAUUAAUUUUUGUUCGUUUUCCCGGCAUUAGCCAACGUUUGCGCGUGUAAUUAGAAUGGAGAGUGAAAAGUCGAGCGUUGGAACUUCUAUUACACGUUGUCAUCGAUGAAAAAUUUGCACACACGUUCGGUCCAGUUUGUUCUGUGUUGUUUCGCGCCCUUGUGUGUGCCCAUAUAGUGGCCCAGCGUGGCAAGCUGCUUACCGCGGUCGAGGAUUUCAUCGUUUCCUCCUAGCGCAAGUGAACGAUUUACGCCGGUGAGAUAGUUUUCCUGUGUGUGUCUGUACGUCUAAGUGUAUUUGUGUGUGAUUAAGUGUUUGGCUAAUGACUAUGAUUUGAGGCGUCCGGGAUCAAGAAGGUUGAUUUUAGUGGAAGGAAUCGAGACAAAACCAAAAAAGCGUGCUUCGGUCGGUGUCUUCCUGUGCUUGAUCUUUUGUAACCUGUUACAUUGUGAUGACGAUAAAUAAAUGCUACCGAUAAUAACGUGAACGACACACUCAGCUCGAUCGUUCACGAUCGUUCGAGAACAGUAAACAGUAAUAGAAAAGAAAUAGUAUCCCAAGAUACCAGGCUGGAACCGUUAUUCAACAGGAUGGCUCACUGAACAAAGACCUAGCGGCUUGCUUCCCCGGUUUACUGGAAGCCUUUUUUACGAACUUUGCGUCACGGCGAGUGCCACACAGAUUUUGCACGAGAUAAACGAAGGGUGAUCAGGUGAUCUUUUGAUUGGGAUCUGUACAAGAAAAGCUGUAAAAAGCCGCUCAGACAACACCGAGCGGCAGACUCCACGAUUGGACUUGAACGCGCGCUCAAAAAGCGUUUGUUAACGAAUUCAAAAUUCCGCUGCGAAAAGCUUCAAGAUGGCGAUCAAUUUUUCUGCCUCAUUUGCCGCCUGUCUAGCGGCGGGCCUGAAGGUGCCACGGCAGAUAAUGUACUGCAUCUCGCAGGACACGACCCCGUACGUGCUGUACAAGGAUUCGCAGGAAGCGGCCGAGCGUGGGGCCGCUGCAGCUGCUGCCGUCCAGUGGGGCAAUGCCGAAGGUCCGGCCAUCUAUCAGCAGAACGCUCAGAACCAUCUGCAGGCACACAUGAACGGUGCGGCAACACAGCAACAGCUGGUCGCUGCAGCAGCCGCUGCCGCCGCUCAGCACCAUCAGCAGCAACAGCAGCAGCAGCAGCAGCAACAUCAUCAGCAAACUUCCGCCAAUCAUAGUCCGCCGAAUCAGGACAAUAGGCCACAGCAACCGGGUGAACAAGCGAAUGGUCAUCUACACAGCCCGGCCACUAGUCCGUAUCCUGCGAAUAACGGUCCAGACAUUGAAGAAGAUUUGAUCAAGGUACAAAGCAUGCAACAAGCCGUUCAGCACCAGCAGCAGCAGCAGCCGAACGGACAGCAACAGUUGGUCCAGCAGCAGCAAGGUGGCAACAACUCGUCCGGGAACCACCCGAACGACCCAAACCAGCAGGGCAACCAAUCGGCCCCCGGUACCGCCGGUGGAGGUAACGGUGGUGGAGGUGGUGGCGGUGGAGGACCUCCAGGACCGCCCGGGUGCUUCGGGAACGAGGCUUCCCAGGCCGAGCUGAACUACUACGCACAGCGGCAUCACGCCGGACCGCAGGGGGCCAUGUUGCCACCGCCGGGCUUUGCACCGCUCCAUCACUAUCUCAACAAAACUGGCGUCCUGCCGGUGGGUAUGCCGACCGGGCUCGAUCAAACGGGCGCCCUGGAACAGUACGGCAUGCCCGAUCUCCUCCACGGUGGUGGAGGUGGUGGUGGUGGUGGGGCCGGUGCAACCGCUCCCGGCGGUGCACCGGGCGGUGCCGCCAACGGUCAGCAACUGCACCACUCACCAACGAACGGUGUCGCACCGGGUCCGAAUGGUGGCAACACCGGUAAUACCGGCACCGGCACCGGCACCGGUCACUCCAAGUCGAAAAACUCCGACCUGCGGCUGUUCAAGUGUUUGACGUGCGGGAAAGACUUCAAGCAGAAGAGUACACUGUUGCAGCACGAACGCAUCCACACCGAUUCACGCCCGUACGGCUGCCCGGAGUGUGGGAAACGCUUCCGGCAGCAGUCCCACCUGACGCAGCAUCUGCGGAUACACGCGAACGAAAAACCGUUCAGCUGUGCGUACUGUCCGCGCAGCUUUCGGCAGCGGGCCAUCCUGAACCAGCACAUCCGCAUUCACUCAGGUGAUAAGCCGUUCGGAUGCCCGUAUCCGGAAUGCGGCAAAAAAUUUCGACAAAAGGCCAUAUUGAACCAACAUGUGCGCACCCAUCAAGAUGUUUCUCCGCAUUUGAUCUUCAAGAAUGGUCCGCACGCAACACUCUGGCCUCAGGAUGUACCGUACCCGCCGGAAUUGGAGAACGCCCAACCGAAGGACGAACAAACGUUCGGUGACGAAGCGUCCCAGGGUGGCGGUGAAUCGCGCGGCUGCUUCUCACCGGACAACUAUCCAGCCUACUUCAAGGACGGCAAGGGUGUGAACCAUUCGAUCUUCGGCAACAAUCUGCAGUAUCUCAACAAAGCCACCGGUGGCAAAGCGAUACUGCCGGACGUGAUCCAGCAUGGCCGUUCGGCUGGAAUGCCCCUGUACGUGCGCUGCCCGAUCUGUCAGAAGGAGUUCAAGCAGAAGAGUACGCUGCUGCAGCACGGUUGCAUACACAUCGAGUCACGGCCCUACCCGUGUCCGGAGUGUGGCAAGCGGUUCCGGCAGCAGUCACACCUGACGCAGCAUCUGCGCAUCCACACGAACGAGAAACCGUUCGGGUGUAUGUACUGUCCACGGUUCUUCCGGCAGCGCACGAUCCUAAAUCAGCACAUUCGUAUACAUACCGGCGAGAAACCGUAUCGGUGCGGACAAUGUGGCAAAGACUUCCGGCAGAAAGCUAUCCUUGAUCAGCACACCCGAACGCACCAGGUAGGCGACCGACCAUUCUGCUGUCCGAUGCCUAACUGUAGGCGACGCUUCGGCACCGAACAGGAGGUUAAGAAACAUAUCGAUAACCACAUGAACCCGCACUCGUCCAAAUCGCGCAAGCUGGCGUCCAUGGCUGCUCUAAACAACAAUAACAACAAUAAUAACAACAACAACAACAAUACAAGCAACAGUAACAACAACAACAAUAACGACAACAGCGACGCUGCAAGGAACGCGGGUACGGCGGCGAACGGAAACAACGCCAGUGGCAACAACAGUGGCGCCAACAAUAACAACAACAACAACAACAACAAUAAUAAUAAUAACAACAAUAACAACAACAACAAUGGCAUUAUCGAGCAGAAGGUAUCGCCUUCGUUUUUGAUGGAUAAGCAGAAUCAGCUGAUCCAGCGUAUGGCAACACCGGUGAAACACGAGCUGUACUUCCCACAGUGUUACGGUCCGCCCUUUAAUCAAUCGUUCGUGGCGGGUGCAGCGGCCGUUGCGGCGGCGAACGCUAACGGACAGGCAGCGGCGGCCGCUGCUGCAGCUGCUGCCGCCGCAGCCGCCGCCUCGGUCACCCCGAACGUCGGUGGUCCACCCCAGAACCAGCAGCCGAGUGGGGGUGGACCGGGCAAUGCACCUCCGCCACCGCCCCAUGGAACCGGCCCGAACGGUGGUGGCCCACCGGUGUCUGUACCGCCACCGGUAUCGGCCGCUGCCGCCGCAGCCGUAGCGGCCGCGAUUGUGGCCGCCCCAAUACCGCAGGCCGUCGUGGCACAGUGAUAUCCGAGCGAUCCACAGCAUUUGGUUCACCUGCAUCAACCGCAGCAACAGCAGCAGCAGCAGCCACCACCACCACCAGCAGCACCACCGCCAUUGCAUCACCCGCUAGAAUCGAUGGCUAACGGACAUUAAGGCCAAGUCUCGAUAUGGUUUCUGCACCGAACACAGACCAUGGAAGUAGAGGACCUAACGUAGGUAGAAGCGGUCCAACGCGAACUCAAACGGAGCUGAAGAAAAUGGAGUAGAAUGAUAAAUGGGGAGAAAAGAGAGACGGACAAGAGUGUGUGCAAGAUCGUAAUCGAAACCAAAGACUGAAUGGGGAAAAUGGGAAGCGAACGGACGGCAUUUGAAAAUGGCGCAAGGAAGCACAAACCUGUGGAUCGGAUCGUGGCGCACAUGGCGCAUUAAAUGACGGAACUGAAGAUGAAUGGUGCAGACGUAUCUUCCGAUGGGAAGAGUGGGAAAAAGGGGAAAGUAACAGUAAUGCUCUCCACAACUAUUGGUUACCAUACGGCAAAAAGGUAUAGGAAGGACAAAUGAUAUACGACUGACAAGUUGGACAAUUGGGCCUAAUCGCGCGGAAGGCAGUAAGCGUGUCGUAGACCACUUACGAAUCGCUAUAGGUUUCUGUUUUUACAUAAUUCAUUUUACAGCAGAUGUCGCUUGUGUUUUACGAAGUCAUUCAGUUCAUAAUUACACUCAACGGGACUGCUUCACUUGCCAAUGCGGGAAGAUACGCGGUACAGUUUAUUUUCCUUUCUGACGCAUUCUUCCAACAUCUCUAAUAGCUCUAAAGCAGCAGAAAAAGGGACACGAGCAAUGCAUACAUAUACCUCUGUCGGUAAGACGUAAGGCAAAUCUUAGAUAUAAUUGCCCACAGCCACAAACCACAACACACACACAAACCUUUCACACACGCACAGAAAACCAAGGCGCGCACUCUUUUAAUAGUAACGCAAUAGGGUAAUAGUGUCUAAAUAGUCAAAACCGUUCCGUUUACCAGUUUUUUCCCUUACCGAACCGGAUAGUGCAAUAGCUUACAAUAUUACAACCUAUACAACAGAUGGUGCUAUUUUUCUGAUUCAAAGAAGGCGCGUUUUUUACAACACAACCACCACAAUACAAUAGACAUGGCUACUGGCUGCUACUCCUGGUCACGUCACCAAGACGAGAGAGAUUACUAGAGGGGAACUAGCUGCACUAGGCGGCAGCUAUUAGACAUUAAUUCUGGACGUGAACGUGGGAGCUUUUUUUGGGAGCUCACGCUCACGUAGUUAAUAACGAACAGCAAACAAAACAAACAUAAAAAAACCAAUAGCAUAAAUCCGAAGAUGAACAGGUAGUGCAAUUAAGUUAUUAUACAGAGACAGGAUAUAGUUACACCAUACAAAGCAACAGGAACGAUGUACUUUUUUAUACACAAUUGUUCAAAUCCUCAUCCUCACCGGCCACUACCUCCUUUCCUCCCCCCCCCCCCCCGCCUUCGCCAACCCUCUAAACCUCCCUUUUUCUGGGGGUAGUGGCAUUUCACCGAAGAACAACCGUUUCCCCCUUCCGGGGAUGGCGGAACAAGCGCAAGCAACCAACACUUAUUGGUGGCAAUAGUUAAACUAAAAGAAAGGUAAACCUCCUGCUAUAAUAUCAGGAGAGGUUGCUUUUCUACCAGACACGAUAGAACAAUAUACAGUUGUUAUUUAGUACCUACAAUAUAUACAAUAAUAGAGAGAGAGAAAGAGCGAGAGUGAGGCAGACAAGUGAGAUAAAGGGAAAACGGGAGAGUUAAAGGACAGAAGCAGAAUAAUAGACAAAGCCAACAAUAGUAACAAUGAUCAGGAUCACUACAGUAUAAGACAGCAACACAAUAGAACCGGGCAAUAUAACUAAGCAUAAAACUACAAAAGCUUCCCCCCCCCCCUCUCAUUUGCCCUUCCGGUUCAAUCAACCCUUAUGGAAGGGACUGCCGGGAGUGUGGGGAGGCUUCUGAGUUUGUCCGAUUUUUUGUUUUAGAUUUUCACUUUCACGUACUUCCGUUGGGACCUGACCAUCAGCCGCCGGUCAAGUGCCUUGUAGCCCAAGUUCAACACGUUUUCUGUUUUUCACAAUAGAACAGAACAAUCAAACAAAACCAAUAGUAAGAGCUAGUAGUAGAGUUAAGUCGCAGAUAUGUCGCAGGUGGCAGAAGCAGUUGAAAUACAAAUCGUUGUAUGCGUGCGUGCGCGUGUGGUUGGUUGGUGGUGGUUUGUUAAACAAGUAAUAUCGCAGGUGAAGCAGACAUCCUGGCGUGUUUUAUACUCCCUUUCGUUUUGUUGUUAUGCUUUUUCUGUUACGACUGUAUACCGAAGAAAACAGCGUACGGUAUUAUUGGUUUUGUAUACGAUUGGGUUUUUUAUUCCUUUUUUUUAACAUACAAAAGCUUCCCGAAAGCAGCGUACAGAUGGUUAUUAAAAGAAUUAAAUCAAACACACACACACAAACAAAAUAAACAGAAACGCAGAAACGCAAGUGCAGAUUGCAGAUCAAACGAUGAAGCAUUUUUAAACAUGUAUGUUGUGCCAUCGAAGAAAACAAAAUUGCGAAAAAGAUGAAAGGUGACAAAAAAGAAAUGAAAAUGAAAACUGGAACGUGUGCCAUGCUUUUCCAUUGAUAACCAAAGAAAACACCGUGCACCGUGAAAGUUGAAACGAGAAGAGAAAGAAAGAGGAAGAAGAGAAUGAUGAAACGAACGAAGAAGCGUAAAGAAGUGUUCAAACAAAAAAAAGGAAAAAUAUGAAAUUGUACUAAAAGAAGCAAAAGUGCAUAUAUGAUAAAAGCAGUAUAACAGCGUAAAUGUUUAAGAACAAAAAAAACCGAUUAUAUAUAUAUGUGUAUGUGUGGCGGGGUUUUUAAAAAUGAAAACAAAACACAUAUAAAAAGAGCAAGAUUGAAAGAGAAGUAAAAUGCAGGAAAGAAAAAAAAUCUCGAAUUUAAAAUGGCAAUGAGGGGAAAGAAUAUAUGAUAACAAAAAUGAAAAAAAAACAUGGAAGAGAAAAACAGAUAAGCAGAACACAACACAAACCAAUUGGGGAAAUUGUGCAAAUGGUCACGAAAACAAGAAGCAAAACGAUAACCACGAUGUACUAAUCGUGCAGCGGAACAUCAUUGUGUUAGUGUACGCAUUUAGUGUUCGCGCGUGUCCUGCAGGAGAAGCAUAAGUAUGUAAAGGCGUGACAGCGAUGAGUAAUAAGUAAGUCACUGAAAUGUACGUUUAAUUCGUAGGUCGUAGUGCGUUUAAGGGUAGUAUUUUUUGUUUUAUCGUUUUUUUUUUCUUUUUAAUAUUUCAUUCUCCGUUUUGUGUUCUCAUUUUCCUUUGUUUCUGCAUAGUGGAUAUCUAGCCCUCCCAUCUAGCGUUACCUUUAGUUUCGUAAGACAGCGCAGGUAGCUCUAGCAAGCUUAUACUAAUGAAAAUGCAAAUCGUCUGUGGUCUCGUGUGAAUCAAAUUUACCGAAUUUUAGGCAAAAACAAAACAUGCAAACAUACAAAAUGGAUCAUUUUGUUUCUUUUAGAAAAAGAAAACAUAGUGUAAAAAAUAUGGAGACGUACGUGCAAUGUUUGGCUAUGCAAAAUUAUUUAAAAUGCAAAACAAAAUGUAAUGGACCCUUCGGUCCGGUUGUGUUAGGGCUGGGAGCAAAAACGGAAGCCGGCAGGAUCUGAUUAUAGGUGAAGUUAUGGUUUAAAAUACCUCUUGUGUAUAUUUAGUUGCGUUUACAAAUGGAAUGAUUUUCGUUAGAUUUUUCUUUAAUCUUUAAAGUGGAGUAUUUCUAUCUUUUGAACAAACUCUUCAUUCGUGUUGUAUUUAUCACGCAAAAUGCUUGCAACAACAGCAGACAAAAAGAAAAGGAUAUUGUUCUUUAAGUGAAAAGUUCUUCCAAAGGGAAAUUGUUUAGGCGUUUGAUAGCAAAAUUGAUCGUAUAACAUUGAUUUUAAUGUGUUUGUUGGCUAUAUUUCUAUUUAUGUUUGUUGUAGCUUUCUUUUUAUCGACUACAUAUUAUGAGCUAGCUGUUAAGAGAAAGCAGCUACCUUUUGUGCUUUUAUUUUUUCGGUUUUGUUAACUUUUGUUUUAUGUUUUUGCUUUACAUCCUGCAGCUUAACAAAUCGGAUGAAACACGUUACUGCAUCCGCACAGAGUAAAAAGAGAAAGGGAAAUAAAUGGAAGCAUUAAUGCGCAAAUGGAAAGAAUGCAAAAGAACUGUGAUAAAAAAAAGAAACAUACUAAACAAAGAACACACGUGAGCACAACACAAACGGGGCAAACCUUUCAGCAUCCUAACGUACUAGAGGAAAUUAUGUUGGGAAAAAGUUGAAAACGAAAAUAGAAAAGUAUUUCUAAAUUAAACAUUUUAUUUUGCACACACUCACACACACACAAACACAAAAACCCGUUUCGGAAAUGGUACAUAAAAGGUGAUGAAAACAAAGAGCAAAAACAAAACACAAAGAAUGAACAUACAAAUGUAGAAAGUGAUAAAAAAAAUGAAAACGUCUUUAGGCAAACGAGAAAACAAGAAAAAACUAAACUAUAAAACUACUUUUAGGCACAAUGAUAAUGAUGAAAGGGGAAUUAUUCACAAAAAGGGGUAAAAAUAUGGAAUUUGGGGAAGGAAUGGAAAGCAAGAAAUAAGAAGCAAAAGAAGCAAAAAAAACUGUUUAGGUCAAAUGUUUAACAAAAUUUUGUUUUUAACAAAUUAUAUAUAUACAAUUAUGAGGAUAGGAAUGUGUUUCGGAAUGCAAGCGUACGAGUGAGUCAAAAUUUUGCAAGAGAGACAGAACCAAACUAGAUGAAGAAAGGAAAUGAAAAUUGCAUGGGAGAAGAGGAAAAGAAAGCGUAAGAGUAUCGAUCUAACAAACAAACAAAAACGUAAAAAGAAGUGUUCACAAAAUUAAUGUUUCGGUUUGUACAAAACAAAGCAAAGAAAAAAAAAUGAAAGGAAAACAAAAUUGUUCUUACUAGCUAAAACUUUUGACUGUGGUUCGAGAAAUGAUUUAUCUCUCUGUUUUUAGGCAUCUCUUUAGGUAUAUUAAAAUUAUGGAAAUGAAGGAAGAAAACACACGCGCACACACAAACACACACUUUAGGCAAUCAAAAUUAUUCUAAUGAACGGUAACAGCGAAAAACGAUCGAAUAGAAAAAUCAACUCUUUUUGUGGCGUGUGAGUUAUUUAUGUGUGAUGUACAACAAAAAUGAACAAACAAACAAAAAAAAACAUGGUGAAAAUACUCCCGCUCGAAUGACGAUUCUCCACGAGUUUUGUUUCAUGUUUGCUUCCUAUUUCUAUUGCUUACCCCAGCAAAGUAAGAAAGCGCCCCCCUGGCGAACAAGCGAAAUGUGUUUUAAGUGUUAUCUAAAUUAAAUUGUUUAGGCAAAAUGGUGUCAAAAUUUUUGAUCGUCAUCGUCGGUGUGCAUGUACGUGAUUUUUCGAUCUUAAUUAAUGUUUCGGAACUAAAAGAAAGGAGAAAUGAAUGUUAGAUCAAAAUGAGUUGAACAUAUUUUAGGCUACUUAAAGAGGUUCUAAACCUCACAAACACUCACACACACACACACAGACAAAAUCACUCUGACGCUCACCUCACGUGCAGUGGAUGUUUCCUUCCAUCCAUCCAUCCGGUUCUAUAAAGCGUUCGGAAGCGGUAUGGCCACUAGUGUGCCAUAAAGAAUGUACAAUGGGAGGAUCUCUUAUUUAGUCCCUUUUGAGAUAAACGAAAACAAACAAACGAAAAACACGCAACAUCUCCCAAUCCUCCCUUAACGAUAAGCAGCAGUUAAUUGUUUCGAUUUCUUCUUUUGUUUAUUAUGCAAAAGUUUCUCAUAUCCCUUGGAGCACUUAUUAUUCUACAAACAAAAAGCAAACUGCAUUUUUCUUUAAGUGUUUCUACCAGGCCCGAUGUAGUCUGCGACACUGCAGCACAUUUGUUCGAUGGUUCUACUAAACUCAUCCAGAAGAGACCCUCGGCGAGCAGCCAGGCAUUGGCCAGAGAAUGAUUAGGGAAGUAAUUAAUUUUGAUUUCAAGCAUAACCGUAGCGCGAACUUGUUAUUUCUUUUAUUUCAAUUGCGUUUAUCCAUUAGUUGUAGAAAAUUAUGAUUAGCUCUAAUUUUAGUCAAGUGUAAUUCUAGCUGUAUGGUUUCCUUUAAGCUAUAAACAUUGAAGAGCAACACAGCUGUGGUGUAAUAAAGCAGAGAGUAUAAUAUUAUUUGUUUUGCUUAUUAUUUCGUCUUGCAUUUAUUUUAAUGCUUCUACUUUUAUGUGUUUUAUUUUUUAUGUAUUUUAUAAAAAGUGUACUUUAUAAAAGUAUAAAAAAACAAUACUAAUUCCGUUUCUUCCUAUUACUAAAAAACACACAAGUACAAACAAGGGUGAGAAAGGAAGAUGAAAAGCAUGAAAUAAUAAUAACAAAAUCGUGAAACUUUUGGAACCGGAACAGAUGUGAAAAAUGCAAGAUAGAGUGCUUUUAAGGUUUAGGAAAGCAUUUCAAAACUGCCAAUAACUGGCAGAGCUACUGACACAGAGAAACAGAAGAACACUUUUCCUUUGUAUUUCGAUCAUUUUGUUUGAUUGAGUUUUUUUUCUGAAAGAAAACGCAAAAAUAAACACUAUCAUUGUGCAAGUCAAUUCUCUUUGGUGAGAAUGGUUAUUUCUUUUCAAAACCUUUACCUCCAAGAGUUAAAGGGUAAAGACAUAUUUAAAAAAAGAAGUAAAAACUAGUGGAAGAAAGGAACAGUAACUGGUUUAAACAUUAUUUUUAAACCCAACGUAUCGUGAGCAUAAAUUUAUAAACAAAAUGAAAAGUCAAAAAUCGUAUUGUGAAAAAUUGUGUGUCUCUUCUAACCCAUUAAACUGUAGGUUCUAAGAAAACGUGAGACGGUAGUAAGCUAAUGAAACGGUCAUAUUAAUUAAUAUGUGUCUAUUACGCAGAUGAACUAGUGGUUCCAUAAAGUGGUGGAAAGAUAGAGAUACUUUUCGAGUAACAAAAGUCACAACAUAAAAUUCCAGCUCAGUGAUAACUAGAUGGAAACGUGUUUCUGUUUUGUGUUUUUUUAAACUGACAGUUUGAAGGAGACAUCUACAUCAAUGGCAGCCAUAUUGGAAGGCAAAAUGGAGAUAAUGCAUCUGUAAAUAAGCAACUUGCUCUCGAACGAUACGAAUGGCAACAAUCAGCAUGCAAUGCGGAAUGCAUGAAAGUACACACACACACUGAAACACGAACUCAAACACAACCACAGAAAACCAGCAGUUUAAUUGUUGACAGUUAAUGCACAGUUUAUAAUGCAAUAGCGUGCUGGGUUAGCUGAACGUGACAAAAUGUCCGCACAGAUAGAGAGAGAGACUUUUGUAACAAGACGACAAACCCAGAAACAAUCCACAAAACGGAUGUAAGUUGGAGAUUAAACAAAAGAACAAACAAACACACACUCACAAACAAAAACCUAAUGGGCAUAUAACCAAGCAAAUACAUACAUUUGUAAAGAGUCACAAAUAUGGCGGCAUCUUAAAACACACUUACUACUAGCGGAUAGGAGUUGUUAACAAGAGAGAUCAAUUUUUAAAUAUUUUAUUAUUAGCUGACCGAGAAAGGAAAGUCUGUGCAGUAUGUGUGAGAUACAGAGAGAAAAACAAAGAGAGAGAGAGAGAGUUAUUACUACAUGCACACAUACACACGCACACGCCCAAUUAUAAGGAUAGUGCGUGUGCCGAAUAUUACAGGAACUGAAAUGUAUAAGAAGUCAAUCGGGUAGGAAAAGUGAAAGAAACGGUUCUAGAAAGGAAGAAAGAGCCAUGGAUAAAAUAGAUCACAUAAUCAAUAUCAGAAAGCACAAGCAAACAGAGCUAACAAACAGCAAACCACAGUCAGCCAGAGAUCGGUGCUUAACCGAAAUCCACUCACAAAAAUAAAAAGGAAAAAACAAAAACAAACAUUGUUCAGCAGCAUGAACAACAUAGAGGAGAAGAGAAGAAAAAACAAGCACAAAAAAGAAGAAAAAAAAACAACAAUAGCAAAGGGUAAACUAUUUUUGUUUUUAUUUUGUCUAAACAUAGGUUUAUUGUAAAGCGAAAUGCCGUAUUAUUGAGAAACAGGUUUUGAAAGCUGCAGCAUCAGUUUGCGCAGGGCAGCAGUAGAGUGAAGGAAGUCGGGAAUGUUCCUGUGCUGCCAACAUACACAUCACACAGUGCCAGAGUUUAUAUUUAAACGCCACAAAGCUAGCUCAAAAGCAUUCGUCCAACCCUCGACCACCGUGCGAGCGGUGGGGCGAAUGUCCAUAUUUACAACAUUAACCAAACCGAGAAGUAACAAACCAACACCCCUUCAAUCCUUCUCCCUAACCACGACAAAAACCGAACGACAAGCAAAAGCAAACAUAGAAGAAAUAGUAAAUGAGUAAGUAACUUUAUUACAAUAGUGAUUCAUUGUUGAUGAAUCGAAAAUAAAAACGAAACAAUGCCAAAAGCAACAAUAAACAAAUCAUACAAAGCCAAUGACCAAACAUACAAUGAACGAAUAGAAGCAACCAUGCAAAACGAAACGAAACAUAACAACGGACGUAAAAUGACACAUAUACACAUACGCGCAACUAAACACACACUAACAAACAAACAAUCACAAAUAGAAAUGAUAAAUCGUUAUACAAUAGUUGAAACAACAAAUAGAAUAACAUAAACGGAAAAUGAAGAACAUACGAAACAAAAAAACGAAAAUGCAAUAUUAACAAACACAACCACAUAACACAGUACAAUACAAUACACUUCCAAAACAAACAAAACUUUCGCAAGAAAAAGAAGAGAAAUAAAAACAAAACCAUUUCCGGCAAUAGUAUUUUUGGAUGUGAAUGGUAAACAGAUUCAGCAACUUCUGGAACAGCGUAGAGCAGGAAUAAGCAGUUUCCAUUUAUUCCAAACAAGGAGUAUACGGACUUUUCGGGGCAAAUCUUUUUCUGUUUUUUUCCUCAUCAUCCACGUGGGAUGGAAAUGAAAUCAUUUUGUACGUUGGUUUAACUUUCGGUUGCGAGCAAACAAAAUGGUACGGAUUUAGUUAUUACACCAAACAAAGCAAUGGAACAAUUCAAUAAAACAACCAUUAACCAUGCAAGAUAUCAAGUUCAAGUCAAAACAAACAAACAAACAACAAAAGGCUAAGAUAGCACACAAAAAUAAAAGAACAACAAAGGAAAAGGAACAACUCAACCAAACACUUUGGAAACAAGUGCUAAUCAAAACCUGGAAAAGAUAAGCAAACGGAUGCGAGCCAAUGGAGCAAUGACAGGAAAGAUUAAAAAGAAACAAACAUUGCGACAAUGGAUAGGAAAAGCAAUCACAGCAAGCGCCCCAUCAACCAGAAGAAACAUCUUUGAUUAACGGCCUGCUGCGAUUGUUUUCAAUGUUUAAAAAUCUCUCAAGCACACAGCUAGAAGCAGAAGCAAAGGGCAAGUACUUUUUUGGCAGAUCAAGGCACGGCAGAUAUUUUCUUUCACUUAUUCGGGCGUGUCAUGAAACAAGCGUAGCAACUCUCUCGGAACACACACAAAACCAAAAGCAAGGUUCUUUAGUGGCGUACCGGUCAUCCGACGACCAGUGGCGGAAGACAACUUAAUAAUAAAAAUUAAGAAAUUGAUAAUUGUAUGCAAACAUCCAUUUAAUCGCUAAAACUAACAACUCUUCAUCGUAAAGGGUAUACAAAAAAACGGAAGGAUGGAUUGCAGCUGUAUAAACGAAAAAAAAGAUACAAGCAAAAAAAACAUACUUUAGUGUGACAACAAUGGAAAAAAUACUAAAACUGAAUUCGAAAUUAUGUAAAAUUGACAAAAUUCCAAAUCGAAUGUACAUGCAAAGCAUAAAGCAGUGCAGCUAAAGCAGUUAAACAGAAACAUUCGAAGCGAGUGAAAAGAGCAAAACACGUUUUCUGGAAAAACAAAAAGAAAAAAAAACAAAAUCGCAAGAUAAUAAUUAGUUGUCUUGAUACAAAAAAAAGACGAGAGGAAAAACAGUUAAUCAGAAGCAGAAAUUAGCGUACGCAUUUGUGAAUGUGCUCAUCCAUUUAACGUAAAUAUACUUAUUUAACGAAAAAAAACUGAUCAAGAAAAGCAAGUAAAACCAUUAACCAAACCAAAACACGGUCAAAAUAAAAAGAAAAGGGGGGGAGAG